AAAUAUCUCAAAGUUAGGUCCAUUGCUCAAACUUAAUAUAUUUGAUGAUCAUUCUGUCAAACUUGAAUGCAAAUAAACACUGUACUUGAUGAACUGAUGCAUGAAAACAUUUUGCAUGCAUAGAACAAUGAUCAACAACAAUUCAUUCACUCUUGAGAUCUUGUUUAACAAACAGGAGGGAAUCAGUAGUCCGAUCGCCACGGAGAUUCUCAGCUUAUGUGAUGAUGCUGAGCUCUUCCCUGAAACCCUCAGAAGCUCCGAUGUCUCAUCGUGUUCCGGCGGAGCUGACUGCAGUGGCAGCGCGAGCGGUAGCGGGGCUGGUGGCACCGGCAGUCUCUGCUGCUAUGAUGAUACCUUCGCCUCAACUUUCUCGCCGUUCUCUUCCAUGAAUGCAUCUUCACUUUCGGCAUUGCUGGAAACUGAACAGCCAAAUGAUCAAUGCCCUGCUUCAUCGGCUUUUGCAGUACUCCCUUAUAUCGGUGAUCAGCAGGAUCCGCUGGAUCAGAUCAUGUUGUCCGAGGCAAUGAACAGUGGUUGCUACUCUUCAUCCUUCUGCUCUGAUACGGUAGCCCCGCCUAUGCAGCUUCAGGGUUUGCCAUCAGUCUAUGAGGAUGAUUGCCUUCCGCCGUUGCCACUGGCGUAUGUCGGGUUGGAUGCUCCACCGUCGUGUGCUUUCUUGGAUCCUGGUAUUGGUUCCUAUUAUGCAGGCAAUACAGGAAUGCAGAUGCCUGGAGAUGCACAUAGCUUUUAUUCUGGAGGAGUAAUGGCUGGUUCAGGUCCGGCGAGAUCAUCGUCCCAAGAGAUGGUUGAGUAUCAGAGGACAGCAGAAGGUGAUGGUGUGGGACUUUUCGGGCCAGAGCCAAUCCAGCAGGUUUUCAACUCAGGGGAAAUGCAGCCGAUCGCUGAUAACCAGCAUGCUCGUCCAACGCUGCCAGCAACAGACAUUUCAGUACUGGAUGACUCCACUUUCAAGGUCGGUCGUCUUUCUGUUGAAGAAAGGAAGGAAAAGAUCCAUAGAUACAUGAAGAAGAGGAAUGAAAGGAACUUCAGUAAGAAGAUUAAGUAUGCAUGUCGUAAAACUCUGGCAGACAGCAGACCACGAGUCCGAGGAAGAUUUGCAAAGAAUGAUGAGUUAGGAGAGGCAAGGAGGCCCAAUUCUACUCACCAUGAAUAUGAAGAUGAUGAGGAAAUUAUGGUGAAGGAAGAAGACAUGUUCGAUUCUGCAGACAUACUUGCUCAUAUCAGUGGCGUGAAUUCCUUUAAAUACAACUAUACCAUAGAGUCUUGGAUAUGAACGGCUAUACAAUAACAUUGAGUUUAUAUUCC